AGAUUAAAUACUUGGGUUUAGUAAAAAUAAAUAACCCAUCUUAAUAAUGGAUGAAAAUCUAAGGGCUCAAUAAUAAAAUUUCUGGUAAGUUCUACUCAUAUGUGGUCAGUAAUAUCAUCACUAUACGUAAGCACUCACAAAACAUCUCCACCAAAACACUCCCUGCACCACUAUAUAUAAUAACACCAAUACCCCCACUGUACCCACCGACCCACAGGGCCAUACUCCCAUCUCUCUCUCUCUUUCUCUCUCUCUCUCUUCAGAAACACACAUUGACAUUAUAAAGCAAACAGGUUGAUGAGAAGUUAAGUGCCAGCUACCAGAGGCCAGAAGAGAUCAAAGAUCAACCUCACAAGUUUGAGCAUUGCAAAUUUACAUACUAUUAUGGAUGAGAAAUGGAAGCUGCCAAAGAAGCACCAAGAAGGCACUUCGUCUUCUUCUUCUUCUUCCAAGUUUGCAUUCACAAGGAGUUCAUCAACAAGAAGCCAGUCUUCAAAUGCUCCUCUUUUGAUGAGGAGCUAUUCACAGAAGAGCAAUGCCUCUAAUUCCAAGUGUCCACUUCCCAGAAGUAUGUCACAGAAAAGCUCUAAAAUCAGCAGAAAAUGUAGCAGCCUUGCCAAGGAACAGAAGGCUAGAUUCUACAUCAUGAGAAGAUGUGUUGCUAUGCUUGUUUGUUGGCAUAAGCAUGGUGAUUAAUUAAUCUUGAUGGGAUUUCCCAAAUUAAUCCAUUAUUGUGUUAGUGCUAGAAAUUAAGCUAUCUCCCCUCUUUUAUUUCAUUCAUAUAUAAAUAUAUAUAUAUAUAUAUAUCAUCUUCCUGUGUGAUGGGACUCAUAGAUGUAUCAAAUUUUCUCCCAUCUGAUCAAGAGGAGACUGAUAACCAAAAGUUCUCUAGUUUUUUAAUUUUAAUUUUUGCUUUCCUUAAUCUUGGUUUAUAUUAGAGAAUUAUAUAUAUCAUUUGUAAUUACAAUUGAGAUGAGGUACCAAGUCUUUUAUAUGUACAUUGUGA